UACUAUUCUCUCAUUGUACAGUUUGUGUCAUAUAUCACACUGGUUUUAUCUUUUCCUCUGUUAUUAUCACUGAACAUGGCUCCUGAAGUUUACAAUGCUGAAUUUGAGAAGGCGGGAAAGAAACCUGGACUACAGAUAUGGAGAAUUGAGAAAAUGGAGAUGGUUACUGUUCCAGCCGACAACUACGGGAACUUCUACACUGGCGAUGCCUACAUCAUACUUCAUACUGCGGACAGAAAAUCAAAGUUAGCAAAGUGGGAAUUACAUUUCUGGAUCGGAGCAGAAUCAUCCCAGGAUGAACAAGGUGCCGCUGCAAUGCUGACGACGUAUCUUGAUGAUUACUUGGGAGGAGAACCAGUUCAACACAGAGAAGUUCAGGGAAAUGAGUCCGAGAUUUUCAAGAGCUAUUUCAAGAAAGGACUCAUUUACCAGAAAGGAGGAGUUGCAUCAGGAUUUAACCAUGUUGAAACAAAUAAAUACGAUGUCAGACGGCUUUUGCAUGUGAAGGGCAAGAAGAAUGUUGUCGCAACGGAAGUCGAUCUGAGUUGGGACUCAAUGAACGUUGGGGAUGUUUUCAUUCUUGAUCUCGGAAAAUAUAUUCUGCAGUGGAACGGACCGGAGAGUAACAGGAUGGAAAGAAUAAAGGCAAUGCAACUGGCUAAAGACAUCAACAGUCGUGAGCGAGGAGGUCGUGGCCAGGUUUUCAUCAUUGAAGGAAGCGAAGAGAAAAGCACUCCUAAGCUGUUUGAGGGAAUGGAACAAUUGCUUGGAAAGAAAAAACAGUUAAAACCUGCCACACCCGAUGAUGUCGUGUCUCGAGCAAAAUUGGGAAACAUCAAACUUUUCAAUGUAUCCGAUCAGUCAGGCCAGCUAAUGGUUCAGGAAGUGGCAACCAAACCUUUGAGCCAAUCCCUACUGCAACAUGAGGACUGCUAUAUUCUUGACCAUGGCGGAAGCAAGGUUUACGUCUGGAAAGGCAAAAAAGCAACGAGAGAGGAAAAAUCAGGAUCAAUGACCAGAGCUAUGGGUUACAUCAAAGCAAAGGGAUACCCUGCCAGCACUCAGAUAGAAACUGUCAACGACGGAGCGGAAUCUGCGAUGUUCAAACAGUUGUUUAAAGAUUGGAGAGAUAAAACUGACGUCAUUGGGAAAGGGAAACUGCACACUAGAGGGAGUAUCGCCCACAUUGAGAACAAGAAGUUCGAUGCCAGCACAAUGCACAAUCAACCUAAAGUAGCAGCGAAUGAGAGAAUGCCGGAUGAUGGUUCCGGUGAAAUUGAGGUUUGGAGAAUUGAGAAGAGUGAACUGGCUCCUGUAGAUAAAUCAACCUACGGACAAUUCUAUGGUGGCGAUUGUUACAUCAUACUGUAUACUUACAUGCAUAACAAUAGAGAAAGAAGAAUCAUCUAUUAUUGGCUGGGUCGCCAUGCCACCCAAGAUGAGAUCACAGCCUGUGCUUUCCAGGCAGCGGCAUUGGACAGGAUCUACGAUGAUGAACCAACACAGGUCCGAGUCACCAUGGGAAAGGAACCGAGACAUUUCUUGGCAAUGUUCAAAGGAAAAGUUAUCAUAUAUGAGGGUGGAACUUCUCGUGCAGGAGGGCAAAGUAAAGCAGCAGAUGUCAGACUAUUCCAAGUUCAUGGGAAAACAAAAUUCGACACAAAAGCUAUUGAAGUCGCUGCCAAGGCUGGAUCUCUCAACUCCAACGAUGUGUUUGUGUUGGUGGCUCCUCAAAACAUGUUCAUGUGGUCUGGGAAAGGAGCCAGUGGGGAUGAGAGAGAGAUGGCAAGAUUACUUGCUGGUGCACUCGGUAAGAGGGAACUUGAAACCGUGCCAGAAGGUCAUGAGGACAAUACAUUCUGGGAUGCAGUAGGUGGCAGAGGAGAGUAUGCAAGUGUUAAAGCCCUGCAGGUUGAGAAUCCAGACCACGACCCAAGAUUGUUUGAGUGUUCGAACCAGACUGGAACGUUCAAAUGCACCGAGAUGUUCGACUUCACUCAGGAGGAUCUGGAUGAGGAUGACGUCAUGCUGCUCGAUACCUUUUCUGAGAUUUAUCUCUGGAUUGGAAAGAACGCCAACAAGCUUGAGAAGGAGUCAUCAAUGGCCACUGCAAUCGAGUACUUGACCCAUGACCCCUGCGGAAGGGACAAGGACACCCCGAUCAUCACAAUCAAACAGGGGUUUGAACCACCGACGUUCACAGGAUGGUUCACAGCAUGGGAUAUUGAAAUGUGGAGCAAUGGCAAAACCUAUGAAGAACUGAAAGCCGAGCUUGGAAGUGACGCAGGGUUCGAAGUUGUCAAAGCAGAGGUUGCAAAGAAGGUCGUUGAGAACCGAGCUCCACUGCAGAAGUUCCCGUACAGUGAGUUGGUCAAGAAAGGAGACGAACUGUCAACCGAUGUUGACCCUGCUAGGAAAGAGGAACAUCUUGAAGAAGCAGAAUUUCAGGAAAUCUUUGGAAUGACAUUGGUUGAAUUCCAGAAAAUGCCGGGAUGGAAGAGAGAACACAUGAAAAAAUCAAAGAAAUUAUUUUAAUUCAAGGCCUGAAUUUUUCAACAUGCAUGAAAUAUUAACAAACAUUAUUUUAACUCAAGCCCUGUGAUUUUCAAGCUUGAAUUAUUACUAAACAUAACUUCAAAUUCAAGCCCUGUGAUUUCAAGCUUGAAUUAUUACUAAACAUUAUUUUAAUUUUAACCCUGCAAUUUCUUACACGGUUGAAUGGUUUUCAACCCUUUUUAACCCAAAUUAGGUCAGAAUUAAACAUUUUAUAAUAAUAUUCGAUACAGUGCACAUACAGUUGUGAAAAUUCAGUAGAUAUGUUUUGAAUUUUAUUGUAAGUCAGUGAAUUCAUCUGUAGUUGUGCUAUUCAUAUAUCGAGUGUAUUUAAGCUCUGCUAUUUACAAAUUCAUUCAAUCGUGACAAAAUUUAAAUUUUACCUGUCAAUUCCUAAUUUUAAAUAUUUAAAUAUUUUCUGUAGUUUUUAGUUUAAUCAUGAUUUAUGUAUUGUGCUAAUUUUUUUGUCAAAAUUCGUGACACGUUGUCAUGGUUACCACCCCCAAAAUCGCAAUAAUGAGUAAUACCCAGACCAUUAAAAAAUACUGAAAUUGAAGGCUCUGGCCUGCUUUUUAACCUUUUCUAAUCCUAUUUGAAACAUAUUUACUCCCACUCCCUUUUUCUGGUAUUCGAUUUGAAUAUGAUUCGUAUACGGUUGCUCUAACAUGGACAAGUCCGAUU